AUGAAGGAGAAUCAAGAAUUGAGGUUUGUCUGCAAGUUGUGCAACAAGAAGUACUCAUGUGGGAAGUCACUUGGGGGUCACAUGAGAUCUCAUUUAGUUGCAAAUUCAGUUGAAUCUGAGGAAAAAUUUCAAUCCAAAAUGAAAAAGAUUUCAUCAUCGGGCAGUUCUGGGAAGAAUAUCAUCAAAGAAUCGAGGGUGGUUGAUGAUUUUGGAAAUGGGCAAUCUAAUUUUUAUGGUCUAAGAGAGAAUCCCAAGAAAACAUGGAGGGCUGAGGAUUCAAAAUUUCCCUUGCCACAGGAGAAAUUUUGCAAACAAUGUGGUAAAGGGUUUCAAUCACUCAAAGCAUUGUGUGGUCAUAUGGCUUGUCAUUCGGAGAAGGAGAGGGGUUUGAAGGAUGAUCAUUCUUGGACUAGUGAGAAUCAGAAGGUGGUGAUGGAUAGUGAUUUGGAUGCGGAGUCCGAGGACCGUAAGAGGCUGAGAAACACCAGAUCAUCAUUAAAGUGUAAGUGGUACAAGAAAAUUGUUGUUAAUGGUUUUUCAUUGGUUGAUGAUUUUGGAAAUGUGCAAUCUAAUUUUUAUGGUCUAAGAGAGAAUCACAAGAAAUCAUGGAGGGCUGAGGAUUCAAAAUAUCCCUUGCCACAGGAGAAAUUUUGCAAACAAUGUGGUAAAGGGUUUCAAUCACUCAAAGCAUUGUGUGGUCAUAUGGCUUGUCAUUCGGAGAAGGAGAGGGGUUUGAAGGAUGAUCAUUCUUGGACUAGUGAGAAUCAGAAGGUGGUGAUGGAUAGUGAUUUGGAUGCGGAGUCCGAGGACCGUAAGAGGCUGAGAAACACCAGAUCAUCAUUAAAGUGUAAGUGGUACAAGAAAAUUGUUGUUAAUGGUUUUUCAUCUCGUGGUUCUGAUAUUGAGGAGCAAGAAAAAGAGGAUUUAGCUAUGUGUUUAAUGAUGUUGUCACGGGAUUCGGGGAAUAGGGGUGGUGUGAAUUCAAUUAUGGAGUCUUCUGAUAAUAAUUCAGUUGCUUUGGAGACUAAAUCUUCUUCGUUGGACAUAAGAAUUGAUAGGAAGGAAGGCCUAAAUUAUGUUCUUAAUAAAGAUGAAGCUCCCCGGAUGAAGAAAAUUGGGGAUAUGAAGUCAAAGAACAGUGUUUUGGAUGGUGAGAUUGCUCAAGUAGAUAGUUCGGAUUCUGAAUAUUUCUUAGAUGAAUGUACUAAAAUCGAGUCCGAUGUAUAUAUGAACCGGUGUCACAGCAAUGGUGGUUCGGGUGCAUGCAAUAAGCCCCUAAUGAUCUGGACCAGGAUGAAGAGUUAUAAAACAGAUUUAAGUAGGGACAAUAUGAAGGAAAAUGGAAGUGUCAAUGCUGAAAGGGAAUCGAAUUAUUCCAAGACCAAAUCACAGAAGAGAAAGUACACUUCUGAGAGUCCCAAAAAUGGCUCCCCGGAUGCUAAAAUAAGCAACCAAAUUCAAAAGAAAAGUAAAUAUGAAUGUUUGAACUGUCAAAAGACAUUCAAUUCUUAUCAGGCUCUUGGAGGACAUAGGCCAUGUCAGAAAACAAGUAAUGCCCAUUUUGAGGUGAGAUAUGGAACCGGUGAGAACAGUUCAGAUGAUGCUACUUACUUCAGAACGAUCGAUAACUUUGGAGAGUUGUCUUCUAGAAACAGAAAACCAACUGCUGAAACUUCAUCCCAAUAUGCUGAGAAGAGAAUUAAGCCUAUGCAAAGUAAAGACCACGUGUGUCCAUUCUGCCACAGGUCUUUUAAGAAUGGCCAGGCUUUAGGUGGACAUAAGAGGUCACAUAUUAUCAACGGUCAUGAGGAAAACAGCAGUCGAACUCCAAUAAACAAGCCAGAGCUUCCUCAUUUACUUGAUCUUAAUCUUUCUGCUCCAGCCAAGGACGAGGACUAUGGACACGGCCAGUUGUUUGCAUCGUAG